CCCCGCCAGCUCGGUCGUUAUUCAGAGGGCGAAGGAUGGCGGCCAUGACUGCCCUGGCCGACUUCCCAUGCCCCGCACGCGCUCCGGGCCCGGGCCCGGGCCGGGCGAUUGGGCGGCUGGGGGGGAGAACGCGGCAGUGCGCUGCGGUGUGCGGCGUGAGCGCAGCUUUGGCCACCGCAAGCAGCGUGCAACAUGGCCGAGCCCGAGCACGCAGGAGGGCCUGCUCCAGUGCCAUCCACGCGGCGGCGGCGACAAAGCCGGAGGCUCUAGGAGUGGAAGCUGAGCGGCAGCGGCUGGAGGAGCUCGUCGGGGCGUCGCUGCGGUGCCGGGCCUGCGGCGUGCGGGUGGCGGAGCUGCGGCACCACACCGGCAGCUCCAGGCAUUUCAAUCCCCACGGCUUCCUCUUCCACAUCGGCGCCUUCAGCCAGGCCUGCGCCGAUCUCGUGGGCCCGGCCACGCUGGCGGACACCUGGUUCCCAGGCUACGCCUGGCGCCUCGCGGCGUGCCGAGGCUGCGAAGCUCAUUUGGGCUGGCGCUACGAGAGCUCGGGCAAGGCGGGAUUUUGGGGCCUCAUUUGGACUCGGCUGCGGGAGGAUUCCGGCGCAGGGUAUCCACCAGUGUCGUUCCGCGCCAUGGAGCUGAAGCAAGAAGUCUUCAAACAGAGGCCCAGGGUGGAUUCGGGCACGGUGAGCACGGUGGAUUUGAGCGAAAGGUUGUUCGAGAUGGCCAAAGAGAAUGAAGAGAAGGGAGAGCCGCAGGAGAAGGAGCCCGCCCCUGUGGCCACCAGUGGGGAUGCCGCUCUGGAGGUUGCGAUGGGCGCAUCCGAGGGCAUGCUCAACGACCUGCUGGCAGCCCUUCGGAAGGAGCAGCCCUCAGAUCCCCUCUCACCGGAGCAGGCGGCGGCCGUGCACGCCAAGGCCGAGGCGGCACACGCCGAGACGGAGGAGGCGGCCGAGGCAGGGGCGAGGGACCGAGGUUUCGGGGAUCUCACCAAAGGCGUUUGA